AUGGACGUGUCCCUGCGGCUUCGGUACUACCACGUCGAGCUCGUCAUUAAGGUUCCGACCCUCGAUGUUGAACCGGUGCUCACGCGCCCGCUCCAUGGUGAUGCGGGCGUCCUCUCCUGCACGCCUGCGGUUGAGUUCCGCCCGCAGAUCUUCGGUCCGAGCACUCCUCACUGUUGGAGAGUGCACAGAGCUAAAUACGCCGCCCUGAUGGCGACGCUGUCUGGACGCAGAUCCCCCCGCCGAGCCUGGGGUGACCUGUGCCAAGUUGAGGAGGCGGUCGACGUCGUCACACCAUUGCCUCAGCAUGUCGGGCGAGGCCGCCGGAUCCGGCGGGUUGCGGAGCAGCUCCCUGGCCGCCACCAACGCGGACAGCGCUCGACAUCCGGCGUUAUCCGAUUCCCCCCGACCCGUUUGCCACCUAGCGCCUCCCCCGAGCACUUCUUCCCCACGAGUCCGUGGCCUCGAGACGCCGAGCUCCUCCUGCCCGCAUCCUUUGCCACCCCCUUGUGCUACUUCGGUCCCCUCCCCCUCGCGCUUCUUCCUCAGCCCCCUCGCGCUUCUUCCUCGCGACCUCUUGGCCUUGCACACGACGACGACGUAUCCACGGUAGCCGGCAACCCCUUCUGCUGCAUCGUCACAGAUGAGAACCACCCGCUCCCUCUCCCUGUUUUCACGUGGUUCUUGAUGAAAGGCAAGAUCUGUGAGGGGCUCGCAGAGGAGAAUACCUACAUCAAUCGAAUCAACAAGGCUCGGACUGUAAGGUUGACAGCAUCCGUUGGGGAGAAGAAGACCUGCAUCUAUUGGAUUCAGGAGGAGGAUCUGUUAGGCUUGUCACUAUGGCUCAUCUUUGAGGAUCUGCAUCUAUUGAAUUCGGGAGGAGGAUUUGUAAGAUGAGAGUCUCAAAGAAACAAGUAAGGAGUUAUCAUCCAAUUUUCAGUUGAUAAUCUGAGAAGCCAAUGUACCAGCUACCGGUGAAACUUUGGAGAUUGUUGUUGUGUUAGCUCCAAGACAUGUUAUUGUGUUAUCUUUCUGAAUUUGUUGACAUUGUGAAGCUCUAAGAAGUGAGGCUUGCUUUGCUGCUAGUUCUUUUUUACUUUAGAGAUUUGACAUGCUAAUGUCCAGAUCUGUUAUCAUUUUCUAAACUUGUCAUCAAGGUUUACUGAGAUAUUGAUAGUUUAUUGAGAUAAUUUCGAAUUUUCUAAAGUUGCCAGAAUGGUUAAUGCCUUCUGG